AUGUGGGCCCGGCUCGGUGUCGUGUGCGAGUCGGUUGUGGAGCGGGAUCCGCCGCCGAUACUGCUCUGCCACUGCAUCGGGAGCACCCCCAUAAAUAUGAGCCUUCACGAUUUCCAGGAGUACCUCAACCUGCAGCGGCGAACGUUCGUGCAGUACUACCGCUGCCUGUCGACCUCUCUCCUGAACAAGGAGAAUCUCGACGAGGACAGCAACUUUCUGAUCAUGCCGCCAUCUGCCCUCGAUCGCCUCACCGGCCUCAACAUCGAGUUCCCGAUGCUGUUCCAGAUCAAGAACCCCAGCACGGAGCUCGCCACGCACUGCGGCGUGCUCGAGUUCAUCGCCGACGAAGGGUUCAUCCACAUGCCGAGCAGGCUGAUGGCGCACCUGGGGAUCCAGGAGAACGAGGUCGUGCUGGUGAGGAACACGAGGCUGCCGACGGCCACCUUCGUCAAGCUGCGUCCGCACACCACGGACUUCCUCGGCGUCUCCCACCACAAGGAGCUGCUCGAGUACAACAUCCGCAAUAAGUUCCAGUGCCUCACCGCCGGCGAGACGAUCGCGGUGGCGGAGGGGGACCGGCGGUUCUACCUCGACCUGCUGGAGACGCGGCCGGCCGACGCGGUCUGCACCCUCAACACCGACUGCGAGGUGGACUUCGCGCCGCCGCUCGACUACGUGGAGCCCCCGCGCGCACCGGCGCCGGCGCCCGUCGCCAGCAGCCAGGGCAGCGGCGAGCCGCCCCAGUUCACCGGCGCCGCGGCGCGGAUGGACGGCAAGCCGGUGGAGCAACCGCCGCCCGCGCCGGUGCCCGCGGGCGGCAGGCAUGGUGACCAACCGCGGCAGCCGGCCCAGUUCACCGGCGUCGCGAUGCGCAUGGACGGCAAGCCGGUGGAGCUGCCACCGCCGCCUACGCCGUCUCCGGCGGCAGCGAGCGCCGGUGCUCUGGGUGCGCCGAAGAGGAAGAUUCGAUUUGACGCGCCGGCGGCUGGCAGCGGGGUGAGCAAGGGCAAGGAGGGCGCCGGCGCCGGCAAGGAACAGGAGAAGCGGUUUUCGGGGACUCAAUAUUCCUUGAAGGACUGA